AUAACAGCUUUGCCCAGUCCCACCGCAGGAGACGGAGAGUUCGAAGUGUGAAAGACACCGCUGUGCCAGACAUGGCUGGCUUUGAAAACAAGUUGAGUUCUUACACUUUAACUCAGUUAAACGAACUGCUCGAAGAUGACGAGAAGCUCAACAAAUUGAUCGACGAAUCGGAAGAGAUUAAAGGAAUACAACAGAACAAGGAGAUGACCCUAGCUAGUAACCGUCUUCUGGCUGAGCAGAACCUUAAACUCCAACCCAUGCUUGACCAUCAAAAGAACGAGCUUACCAGACGUUACCGGAGCCUACAGGAGCUGUUUGAGGCCUAUCAGCUGCGCAACUCCACUCUAGACCACAUAUCUGGAAACAUGCCUUUGGACACAUUGCUUGCACUCCUACAAGCAGAAGGGGCCAAAAUUGAGGAAGAAACUGAGAACAUGGCCGAUUCGUUCCUCGAUGGUGCAGCCCCCCUGGACACAUUCAUUGAUGAGUAUCAGAGUAAGAGGCAGCUGGCACACCUGCGGAGAGUCAAGAUAGAGAAGCUCCAAGAAAUGGUGCUGAAAGGACACCACAUGGCUCCGGCUACACCUCAGCCCUCUCGCUCUCAGGACCUUCCCUCCUGGCCAGCUGUUCUCCAUAGAGAGGUCAAUGGUUCCCCUAUGCCGUUGCCCCGCCGGGCUCCUCCUCUUCCCCCUGUUAAAGUCACUCAAACUCCUGCUGUCCAGCCCGCCACAGCCGUCUCCUACUCUCCUACCUCUCCGUUCUCUCCCACUACUCCAUACCCCCCUAUUCCCCCCAGAGCUGGAAACACACCACUCAUUCUUAACCAGGGAUACCCCAGCAUGUACAUGCAGCAAUACCCCCCACCCGUGCCCCAGAGACCCUCUCCACGCAUGGCACCCCAGCCAGGCUUCAUCAUGCAGUGAGCGUGGGACAUUACAGUCCGUGGAUGAGAAACAAAAUGCACACUGGACAUUCAUUCAAGCCGUUUGUUGGUCCUUCAAGCUGCAUGUUAUAAAAUAUUGUACGCCAAGAUGGGAGUCUUGUCAUGUGUAAAAUGAACAAGACUUUUCUGCAAUCAAUGGGGCAUCUGCAACAGGAUUUUCAAUUUGCACUUUAGACUACUUUUGUAUUUGAUUAGUCAUGCCUGGUUAUGGAGUCGUACUGUUCCCGUUCGGCCCUCUUCACCAGCGUUAGAUCAAGUAAAGAUAUUUUACAUGAGCCUCAGGUGCUCCCAUACAUGAUAAAGACAUCAAAGUUCAAGAACAGGGCUUCAGUUAGGCCAGCUGGACAGAUAUGAAGAGCCAAGGUUUGAUGUGUUAGAUUCUGUUUGCGUUGUCAAGGUCAUGCUAAUAUGUCAGUUCAACCACUCUUCAGACAUUUCAUACCUGAAAAAGCUGCUUUAACAAAAACGUAAUGCCUAUGCAAACAGACCGAGACCGGACUGUGCUGAUUUUAUUAGGUGAAAGAAUCAAACAAUUUUUUGCUCUCCGGGUUUUCUCAGACCUGCAGCCAAAGAUGUUAUUUGUUUUUCAGUGGAUCUAGUUUUGGGCUGGUAGCAGUAAAACCGUGUGAUUUAGUAGAGGUUUUGGUUUAAAUGUGGGUGAAAAUUUGGUACUAAUGUUUUGGAUAAGAUUGGGUGAUCAGAGCUACAAUGGAGAGAGGACCUAAAUGCAUCUCUGAUACGAGCAAAUUCGUGCUGAUGUAGGGAGCUUGUUGGCUAGAAUUGGGAAAAAGUGAGAGUGAACGGUAGUGUCAUGGGGAAAAAAAUGCUCAAAUGAGUUAUUUUUAAUCAUGUAAGUGUGAACAUUUCUGAAGCAUAUUUGCUUGUAUUGACAUUACCAUGCAUACUUAAACUGAUGCUCUAUGCAUAAUUUACCAUUUUAAUGUUUAUAUCAGACACCAUAAUCCUUCUUGUUUAUUUUUGCCAUCUAGUGUAAAGAUGUUCAUUGGAGAUGUGCUUCCUUUUCCAUAAACCCCUCAUAAUAAGUGAUAUUUAAUGUUUAACUAAUAUAGCUACGUUUAUUUAAA